AUGCCUAUGAAAGGAAGGUUUCCCAUCAGGAGGACUCUGGAUUACCUCCAGAAGGGCGACAUCAUCUUUAAAAACAGAGUGAAGAUCAUGACGGUCAAUUACAACACACAUGGAGAGCUCAGCGACGGAGCAAGGAAAUUUGUGUUCUUCAAUAUUCCUCAGAUUCAGUACAAAAACCCGUGGGUCCAAAUAAUGAUGUUCAAAAAUAUGACACCAGCCCCGUUCUUAAAGUUCUACCUGGACGACGGGGAGCAAGUUCUGGUGGAUGUGGAAGGGAAGGACUACAAACAGAUUUCACACCAUGUGAAGAAGAUUUUGGGCAAAUCUGAAGAUGUGUUACAAGCAGAGGCUCAAGCCAAGAUGCAGGCCUCCAACCCCGCAAACUUUGGACCAAAAAAGUACUGUCUGAGGGAGUGUAUCUGUGAGGUGGAUGGCCAGGUGCCGUGUCCUGGUACCACGCCGCUGCCCAAGGAGAUGACGGGCAAAUAUCGCGCCCAGAUGGCGUCGUCGCAGGAGUGAGAAGCUGAGAAGGAGAGAUGACUGUUGUAGAUUCACCGGAUAUUGUGGCAUUGUGAUGUUCGCUUUGGUCUUGUAUGACAGAAAAGGACUACCACAUUGCGUAAUUUGAUAUAAAUGUGUAACUAUGGGUUCCCACUAUGCUGUGUGCAUUGUGAGAUCACCACUGGCUGACCUGAGACCUUCCAAUCCACCAUAAGCAGCAGGAACCUACCCACCAUACUUUGCUCCAGGUUUGGAUAACUUGACCUGGUGUUUGUAUAUGAUGUGACCUUGUUGAAGAAUCCACACAUCUGGAUGCAAUUUACACCUGGCACAAUGUCAAUACUAUAGUGUAAACACUGAAAUAAAAACUAAUUUGCCUGUGUGGCUGUAGAUCUAAAAGAAAUCUAAAUCGCAAUGUCUUCAUGCAAGAGGCAGGAUCAGUUGAGACUGAUUAGGCAGUGUCACCAGAUUUAAGACAAGAACAAGAAAUGCAAACAUCUUACAGAGACAAAAUUUUUUUUAUUGGUGCCGAGAUGGAAAUAAACUGAUGUCUGCGA